AUGGAGGUGCUGCGUCCAUGGUCAACUGGCUUGAUCAGGCUCAGCGAAGACUGCCUCUAUCUCAACGUGUGGACUGCGGUGGCCCGCUGGGCGGACGAGACGGUGCCGCUUCUCGUCUGGAUCCACGGCGGCGGCUUCACGAGCGGCUCCGCUUCCUACGACAACUACUCGGCCGCCGUCUUAGCCGUCCGAAGUGGAUGCGUCGUCGCGUCAAUCAACUACCGGCUAGGAAUCCUAGGAUUCCUCAACGCGGACACGCCGGAAGCUCCGGGCAACGUGGGGCUCAUGGACCAGCGGUUGGCGCUUCUCUGGCUGCGUCGCAACGCCCGCGCGUUUGGUGCCGACCCGGCGGCGAUCACGGUGUUCGGACACAGCGCUGGCGGCAUGAGCGUCCACAGCCACAUGCUGUCUCCGCUGGGGAGGGGCCUCUUCCGCAGGGCGGUCAUGAUGAGCGGCAACAUGGCGGCCCGGGACUUCUUCGAGUCGGUGCAGGAGAGCGUGGCCAAGGGAGAUGCCGUGGCCGCGCUCGUAGGCUGUGCGCACGCCCAGACAACGCUGGCCAGCCGGCCCGACGACGUGCUCGCCUGCCUCCGAACCAAGCCCUCGGGGGAGCUCGUCCGGGCCGCGGCCAGGGCAGUCUCGCCCAAGGUAUUCCCUUUCCUGCCGACGUUCCACACGGACUACCUGCCCAGAAUGCCAGUGGCGGCCAUUAAGAAAGGAUUUGUGGCCCACGUGGACGUCCUCGUGGGCGUCACCGCAAACGAAGGCUCAACGGCAUUUGCCAUCAGGAUGAGAGCUGACUUGCAGGCCGAACGGCUCACAUCAGUGCCGGAGGCGGCACUGCGGGCUUCGUUGCACGAUGUUGUUCGUGCCUGGACAAAGCGAGAGAAGCCUGCAAUGCUCGACAUUUACGAGAGGCAAGCCGCCGACAAGGAAUCGCUUCGGGAGCAAUACGUGGCUUACCUCUCGGACAGGUUGUUCGUGUGUCCGACACACUUUGUGGCCGAGCACCACUCUGCCAGGAACAACACUGUGUACUUUUACGUCUUUUCGUACCGUUCACGAAGGGAACCUCCCUCCUGGAUUGGCGUUGGUCACAGCAUGGAACUGCCUUACUUUUUUGGACGCCCACUCUUCAAUAGAGACGGUUUCGCAGAGCAAGGAGCAGAUAUCAGUGAAGCCGUCAUGAAGAUGCUGUCAACGUUCGCACAAACAGGGUAA